UACAAUCUAACAUAUCGAAAAUGGCUGCAAGCCGUCGCAAACAAGAUGACAAAAACUUAGAAAUUUUACGUGAACUUAUAUCAUUAAAUGGUAAUAAAUAUUGUUUAGAUUGUAAUCAAAGAGGACCUACUUAUGUGAAUACUACUAUUGGUUCUUUUGUGUGUUCAAAAUGUUCGGGAAUGUUGCGUGGUCUUACCCCUCCUCAUCGUGUGAAAUCUAUUUCCAUGGCUACAUUUACGCCAGAAGAAAUAGAAUUUAUAAAAGUGAGAGGAAAUGAUUAUUGCAGACGCGUGUGGUUAGGACUCUACGAGGGUGAAAGUGUAAACUUCACCGAUGAACAAAGCGUCAAAGAUUUUAUGUCUGAUAAGUACGAAAAGAAGAGAUAUUAUUUAGAAUCUUCACUGAAUACGACUGUCACAAAUGGCGGAUCAUCUAUAAAGAAUAAAAUUAAGAUAAAAUCGACAAGUAGUAAUAUGAUAGGAGCUACUCCUCUGAUAUCGAUCUCACCUCAGGCAAAAACGUCUAACAACAAUAAUAAUGUGGUUAAUAUUGCAAAAGUCAUAAGCAACGUAACACCUGUAAAUGAAACCAACCAUAAAUUGCCGAGGCCUGUGAAUAAUUUAGCACAACCUUCCUUGACUAAAAUAGCACAUAUUCCAGCCAACGUUCAUAACCCAGUCCCUGUACCUGAUUUUCCAGUAGAUUUCUCCACUGCAAACAUUUUUAACAGUGCCCAAUAUAACAGCAGUAUGAACAAUAUGAAUAAUAAUUUUAUGGCUCAACCAGUAUCUUCAAACACAUCUUUUAAUGCAUUUGGGUCCUCACCUACUUCAUCGAAUGAGUUUAUUCUUUCAGAUGAUCGCUAUGCUGCAUUAGCUGACUUAGAUUUGGCUCUAAGACAGCAGAAUAUGAAAAAUAUGGAAGACACUAAUAAUAUAAAUAAGAAUCCCUUUCAAAGCACAACUACCAAUGAUCUUUUUGGAAAUAAAAAUCCAUUCUUCAAUGGAGGCUGGAGUACAGCCACAGCCCCAAUACAAGUCAACCCAUUCAUGCCUGCAAACAAUGGGGCAUUCGUCAAUUCCAAGAAUCCUUUCCUCUGAUAACAUCUGUGUUACCCGUUUGAGUGAGUCCAGAACAAAGAGAAAUUUAUAUAACAAAAGCACAAACAAAGCUACAAAGAUAAUGUUGUUUAUUUUUUCAAAUAACAGAUUAAUAUUUAAGUAUUUACAUUUUGGCAUAGUGUUGAUGUGCUUGUAUGAUUUGUUAACUUAAGUGCCUCAAUCUGCCUUAAAAUUUGAAGCUUAAUCAAUAUAUUCUUAUAUGCUCUUUUAAUAUAGAAAUUUUGAAAGUAUUUAAAACAAUGAAUGAAAUUAAGCAUAAAAAUGUGUAUGUAUGGAUACUUGUUGUUAAAGUUGCUGGUAUUAGCUUUAUUAUAUAAAAAUAUUAUAUAGUAUUUAAUGAAUUAAAAGCCUUGUCCUAAAUACCUAAUUGUUACACAUGACAAUAUGUAUUUUUUUUUUAUAUUUGGCAAAUAAAUGUUAUCAGUAGACAUGAUCAAAAUAUCCAAAUGUCUAUCUUGUUAAGGCGUGAAUCGGUCUGUGAGUCACUAGAAUAGCAUACGACGCUACUAUGAUGUCAUGACGUCGUUAUUAACUUCCUAAUAUGAAUUGUAAGCAUUUUCUAAUCAUGACAUUAGUCGCAAAUAGCACGAUUGCAAAUUAUCAUUGUAAUUAAUAAGAGGCUAGUAUUAAUCGUAACUUUAAUCUUAAUGUUCUUAAAGCUUUUAAUUAUACUAUCUAUAACAUAUUUUUUUACUCUGGUAGGAAAUUGAAAAUGCUGAACAAACGAAAGUUUUAUGCAUUUGGCCUAAUAAUAAGUGAGGGCGCAAGUUUUACUGAUAGGACAGAAGUACGUCGGUUAAGAUUAAUAUCUAGUCGGUUUCUUCUGAUAUUUUACAAUAUUUCUAUUAUUUUGGAAAAUCAACAAUAACACUUUUUUUUAAAUAUACCUAUCAAUUUAUUUUGAUAACUUAGAACCCAGCUUGGCAUAUUGGAAUCACAAAUGUUGCCAACUUUCCAUUACUGGAGACGCUGCUUAAGGUUUUAUCUAUAUACACACGCGCACAACUGAUUUUGCCAGAUUAGUUUAAAACUUGCGCAUAACUGAAUCUAAAUCAACUUUGAGCUCUCAACUUCGUGCUUCAUCUGUGAUUUUAUCAUUAGUUUUAUUUCUGCAAGUUUACUAAUUGAACAAUUAUUUUUAAUCAAUGCACUUGACUAUUUAUUUAAUGUAAUUAUUUUUACUUUUUGAGC